ACACCCGGCCCGCCUAUUCCUUCCUGCGGGCAACCGACAACAACCUCGUCCUCUUCGACAUCUCCAACCCGCAGAAAAAAGUCAAGGAAAUCGUCCUCUUCGACAUCUCCAACUCGAGCCGGAGUUGCUGCCGGGAGCCCCCGGCAGAUCUGUUCGUCUACAAGGCCGGCGGUCCUCGCCCCUUGGUGCAGGGUCUCCCUCCCUUCGCCGAGUACAGUAGAAGGCCGUUCCUGACGGAUGACCUCACCACAGGCAUCCUGCAGCUCGCGGAGGACCACUACAUUGUUGCCGACCUCAAUGUCUACCCCAAAAGAAAGGGCAUGCGUGCCGAACUCUGCGUCUUCAACUCCGAGACUGGAAGGUGGAAAAUCAUCCCCAAAUUGGACCCGGGCAAUGGCGGCCAGUUCCCCGAACUCUGGUCAACCGACAAUGUGCUCGCUUUCGACGGCUGUUUCCUGUGCUGGGUCGACUACUUCAGCGGUGUCCUGCUAUGUGACUUCUCCGAAAACAUAGACUCCCCGUCGCUCUGCUCCGUGCCUUUCCCUGGAGGAAAAGAGUACCGUGGUAAGGUACGGGUUGAAAGGUACUUCCCGGAGAGAUUCCAAAGUGUGUUCAUCAGCCAAGGCAAGAUCUGCUUUGUCCACAUUGACAAUGACUUCCAUGACAGAGUCCCUGGUCGCUGCCGCCGAUGCCUUGAGCUUCGUGAUAGAAAAAGGCAAGGGCAGCAGCAGCAGACUCCGAAGAAAAUCACCAGUUGGACUUUGAAAUCCGAGUUUGAGUGGAAGCUACAUCGUGAGAUCAACCUGGACUCUCUCUGGGCGCAAGCUGGUUACAGGGAUCUGCACAUAGAUCAGCGUCUUCCUGAGUUCCCAACCAUCAGCUUGGAUGACCCCGAUGUUCUGUGUUGUCUGUUAACGGAGGAGGAAUUUUAUGGUAAUGGGUGGAUGAUCAUGGUAGACAUGAACCAUGCACGUCUACGGUCAUGUGAGUUUGUGGGUGUGGAUGCUCACGCUAACAAGUUUCCUAAUGCCACCGAACUUUCAACUGUCUUCUCCAAAUACCUUGAAAGGCCAACUGCAUCGCAAAAGGGAAAAAAGAAAAGAAAAAGAAAUGCCAGCAGAUAA